AUGGAAUCAAACUACACUGAAGGAAAGAGUCAUGUCUGUUCCACUGUGGAGUCCGGAGGACCAGCAGUGCCCGCGUUCAUGUUCGGUGCUGGUAUUCUGGGUAACGUUCUCGCUUUACUACUUCUGGGAAUUCGUCGGAGGAAUCAAUCUCCGUAUUUGUUUCACAUUUUGGUGACUGCCCUGAUGAUCACGGACUUGUUAGGCACUUUUUCUGUCAGUCCUCUGGUCAUAGCUGCGUACACAAAGAAUGAGUCUUUGGUGGGGAUGAGUGGUGACAACACUGUCUGCAAUCAUUUUGGAUUUAGUAUGACAUUUUUCAGCCUGGUCACUUUUGCCAUAUUGUUAUCCAUGGCACUGGAAAGGUGGCUCGCAAUAGGACACCCUUACUUUUAUGAAAGGAACACGAGCAAGCGUUGUGGAUACAUCGCUAUUUCAUUCAUUUACCUGGUCUGUGUUUUGUUCUGCAUAUUACCUUUCGUGGGAGCGGGGAGAUACGUGCAGUACUUCCCCGGGACUUGGUGUUUUAUUGACAUGCACGCAAGUGAAUCUAAACAUCGAGUUUUUGCCCUCAUAUACGCCACUUGCAUAUCAAUAAUGAUCAUAUUAACGGUGAUUUGCUAUGUAUCUGUCAUCUAUCAUCUGAUUCUCAUGUACCGAAGGCGAAAGACGACUCAGGGCUCGAUUCGUCGGACAAGGGGUCACAGAUCUCUGUCUAUUGCUCAAGAAGGACAACAUCUGAUCCUCCUCGGGGUUAUGACUGUUGCGUUCAUCGUUUGCUCUCUUCCUCUCGUGAUCCGCGGUUACAUAAACUUCUGGAGCACAAAAAAGAGGGACAUCAUCGACCGUUUGGCUCUCCGCUUCCUCUCCCUCAACCCCAUCAUAGACCCCUGGCUCUUUAUCAUUCUCAACCCCUCUGUGCUGCGUUUCCUCUGGGGGAAAUUGAAAAAGGCACCCUCACCCACACCACACCCUGCUAAAGCCUCGUUCGUCCGGCCAGCACCUCGAAGUCCACCCAUGGAACUCCACAAACCAGCUGUUCUCCCCUGA